AUGUGUCUUUCCUUAGUGUUUGUGUAUUUUCUACUCUUUGUUGCUGCAGGAUGGAGUAACUUCUCUGGGAGUCCUUUUGAGGAUGUGUGUUCCGCAAAUAUACAGAGGUUCAGAUCUAGCAGAAUCAUAAACCAAAGCUCUCUUGCUCAACUUUUGCUGUCCUUUUUCGACAAGUUUUCAGAUAUUAGAACUUCUGGUUCAGAUUAUAGCAUCUCGACAUAUGAAGGACGACAAAAAAGCCAUCGUUUUUGUAGAUCGCUGCCCCUGAUUAUAGAGGAUCCUUUCAAGCGAAUGGAAAAUGCUACUAGAACAGUCCGCUGGGUUGAACUACCUAAGAUAUCAAAUGCAUUUCAGAAUGCGCACAAUAAGCUUUCAUCUGAGAUCGAGCGGAUCGAAGAAAUACUUGCAAUGUUGAAUGGAAAGGUUAGUUUGCAUAAUUGCAUCUAG